AUGGCUUCGAGGUCUCCGACUGCAGCCACCCCGCUGCCCAAGUCCUCGGUUGCGCCCGAGAGCCCUUCCAAAGACACGAACCAGACGGUUCCUUUCCCUUCACCACAGACCUUUGAGGUCCUUCCACCACUCCACGGGGUUCUUCUUCAGCUGCUCUCUCAGAAAGCCCCCACAGAUCCGACAGUGGGUGCUCCCGGUGAUGCUCCAGGAGCCUCUGGCGCAUCCACGGAGGCGCAACAAAAUGGUCAGCAACCGCCAUCGAGCAUCCCCGGUGGUGGUAGUAAUGGCCCUGCAGCUUCACAAGCUGUAGCGGACACCUCUUCAAUCGAUCCAAACGUUCGUUCGCCCCUCGACGUCAAAGAUCUCCCCACCGCGACUAGCUCGGUCAAAAUUCGGAUUGAAAAGGCACGGGCAGUGGUAGAGGAACUGCCAGACAUGCAUCGGUCCGUGGAGGAGCAGCAGGAUGAAAUAUCUGAGCUCGAGGACCGAAUUACCCGUCUGCGUUGUGUCAUCUCAGAAUUUGGAAUUCGGGCCAGGCUGGAUUUUGCAGACAGCAAGGUCGCCACCGCAGCUUGA